UAGCAAUAGCACUUUUCCUGAAAUUGCAUUGCCACUUUAAAGUCAGAAAUGACUCCAGCACAGCAUUAAUGUUUUUGGUCCAUUCUUAUAAUCUAACAUUAUUGGUCAAUUACUUUACCAAAUUUCUAGCCAUGUUCCACACGCUGCCUCUUCUAUUCAAUUCUCAUAAUUGACUUUUCUUCACAAAUACUCAUUUAAAAAUUGACUUAUAAAGUCCUUGUUCCAUUUCUACUCUAAUUUUUCUUCUCUACUCGAUCAUUCAUAUAUUAUUAUUAUUAUUAUUCUCUCUCAAAUUCUUUUACUAAUGGCUUCCUCAACUCUAACACCUGUUAUAUUUUUCACUAUCUUCAUUAUUUUCGACCUUCAAACUUCUAAAGCCAAACAAACAAUCUGCAAAACCUUAUCAUGCGGUGAUAUUGAUAUCACUUUUCCUUUCGAUUUAACACAAACUACUCAAAUUCAAGAUCCUCGUUGUAGCUAUUAUCCAAAUCCAUCUUUCCAACUUUCAUGCCACAAAAAAACACAAACAAUCCUCAGCCUCCCCAAUACAAACAACUUAAUCAUCAACAACAUCGACUACAAAACCCAAACAAUCCAAGUCAACGACCCCGAAGGUUGUCUCCCAAAACGUUACUUAGGAAAUAAUUUCAACCUUUCUGGUUCUCCUUUCAAACUAAACCCGGAAAUUUACCGCUUGUAUAAUCUCACUCUUCUUAGUUGUCCUUCCAACGUAUCAUCUGAAUUUCCUAUAACACCGGUUUCUUGUCUAAGCGAACAUGAUUCGGACACGUCCCUUGUUGUUUCAUGGGGAGAGCCUAUUGAGGAUACAACUUUGUCUGAAACAUGCGAGGUGAUUUCAAGAGGUCUUGUUCCGUUACCGAGGAUGGAUAUGACUAUGUGGCCAUUUUGGGUUGAUCUUAAUAGUGAUGUUGAGUUGGUGUGGAACAAACCUAGAUGUGAGAAAUGUGCAGUUAAUGGUCAAGUUUGUGGAUUCUCUGAUGAUGAGACAAAUGGUCUUCAAGUUGAAUGCUUCCCUAGUCCUUCCAAUGGAGGUUUGUCUACAAGUGCCAAAUACUGCAUAUCAAUAGGAGUGGGACUACCGGGACUUCUCUGUCUAGUUGUAAUUUGUUGCUUUAUACGUGGUAAGAUGAGGACACUCUUACCUCAUAACCAAAGAACCUCAAAUCAUCCUUCAAUAACAAUUUCCUUAGAACCACUCCCUUCUUUUGUAACUGGCCUUGAUGGUGCCACUAUUGAAAAGUAUCCUAAAAUUCUUAUCGGAGAAAGUGGACGUUUGUUGAAGCCUAGUGACAAUACUUGCUCAAUUUGUCUAUCUGAAUAUGAACCUAAAGAGACAUUGAGAAGUAUACCUGAGUGCAACCAUUAUUUUCAUGCUGCUUGUAUUGAUGAGUGGCUCAAAAUGAAUGGCACGUGUCCUAUAUGUAGGAAUUCACCAGAGCCAUAUUCUUCUACCACUCCUUAUUUAUCUUCAUUGUUAUUAUCCCCAAACUCUUCACCAAUGACAUCUUCACGAUGAACUGGGCAUACUUCAAGUCUUAUAUAUUUAAUGUAGUUAUAUACUGAGAAUAGAGUCAUUACAUGUGUUAUACGAUUGUGAAAUUUUUGUUUUAUUUUCAGAGAUGAUAUAUACGAGAAAGUAUUAUUUAUCUUUUUUUAGUUUUAA